CUAAUUCGAAUUGUUUCUUGGUAGCUAUCGCUAGCUAGACAAGAAAAAAAAAAGAACCGAAGGAGUUGAACGACCGAUUGUUUACUGUUUUCACAGCCUCUCUUGGUGGACAUACAUUGAUCAGACGUAAACUAACGACUGCCGAUUGUAGAACAACUGUGCUGGUUCGGUACUAUCAUGGCACGAGAGCGGGGGACGCAGCCCCAGAAGAAGUCCUUCAAGGAGAGUCUGGAUGACAUCAAAGAGAAGAUGAAGGAGAAGAGAAACAAACGCUUAGCAAGCGCCUGCGCUGUGAACAGAGGGAAGCCCAAAACUAAAACAAAUGUUCAGGUAAAGCCAACUGUGCUGAAGGGUGUGCAGGAGAACAACAAAUGGCUGGCUCUUGCACUACAGGCUGAGAGGGACAAAGUGCGGCAAGCCCAGGGGGUCAUACUGCAGCUGAAAAGAGAAAGACAGGCCCUCUUCUUUCAUCUGCUGUUACUGAAACGAACGGCACUCACAACGCAGAGUUCCACCCCUGAGGCGCGUCAGCUGGACCCUGGCUCUUCUUCCUCUUCCAGCUGUCUAUUGGGGUCUGAGAAAGGAGCAGGACGUGAUUUGUAUCCUGAAGACAUGGCAGCACAAUCACCUGAGGCUGUCAGCACAGACUCUCAUUACCAUGACAACAAAUCUUCAGAGUUACCGCCAAACGUUGGUACAAGGCGUCGGCGUAGAGCUGAAGGACGGGGGUCAUUUAGUGACCCUGCUAAUUCACCUACACCUGCCACGGAAAACGCAGGCCCUCAGAACCCAGAAUCUGGACUGGCUAAAACUCAAGAGGAGACAGAGGAGGAGACGGGACUUAAUGACUGCAAUGAGAUGCUGGAGACUUGUCCUGAACCAAGCAAUGUACAGGCUAAGGUGCGCCACAGCCCCGAGCGGCCCAAGAAAAGACGGCGAGGCCCCAAACAGGCGGCUCCCAAAGAGACAUCUCAGCCCUCUCCCCAGGUGAAUCAACCCCCAGCACAGAUCCCUGAUCCCCCUUGCCCAGUGAGGGGGAGGCUGUUGCUGACGGUCCCGCAUACCCGUAGAGUGGUUGCUGCACCGCUGAAAAGGCCCUGGGAGAACAACAAGCCCCGAGCGCGCUCCAAGAGCCGAGAUCGCAAUGGCAGCCGCGGCACACAAGCACAGCCUAGCAAACAUCAGAAACACCAAGGCCCCAACCUCAACUCCUCCCUGAACAUGAAUGACUCGUUUGACUUUGACUGCGAAGAAGCAGUGCACAUGACCCCUUUUAGAGGGGGGCCCAAGACAGAUGAGCGCGAGACUGAGAGAGCUCAGGACCCACCUCAAGAAGACACUCCGCAGACUAACAGCUCUCUGUCUCUGUCUGAGGAUGAGGAGGGAGACGACAGCCUGUACAUUCCUAAAAAAAGAGCAUGCAGGAGGCAGGAGAACCACAGCCCCCCCAGACGGGCACGUUCAAAAAGGAACGCUGCGCUCCAGGGGGCUAAACAAGGGAGAAGGAGCCAGGCUCAUACUGUGGACAUCAAGCCCCAGCCCCACACAGUGGACAUCAAGCCCCAGCACCAGACAGUGGACAUCAAGCCCCAGCCCCACACAGUGGACAUCAAGCCCCAGCCCCAUACCGGGGACAUCAAGCUCCAGCCCCACACAGUGGACAUCAAGCCCCAGCCCCACACAGUGGACAUCAAGCCCCAGCACCACACAGUGGACAUCGAGCCCCAGCACCAGACAGUUUCAGAAAGGAGGACUGAAGCAGACACCGCUGCCCUCACAGAAUCCUCUUGCAAAGAAGUGCGAGUCCCGGAAUCCACUAGCACAAGAAUCCAGCCUCAGGAGUAUCUUUGCUCAGAAUCACCUCCCGAUUCUCCUGUGUUCUACUCUGAGAGACUUGAUCUGUCAGAGCAGAGUGAGGCCUCAAGUACAGCAAUCCUGGAAGGAGAAGAGCUGGAGCCUCAAAUGCCAAUUUCUUUUGAGAUGGAAGAGGAGCUACUGUUGGUUGGGGACCCGCUAUGUGGACUGACAAGCCGAAGCCAGUCUAUGGGCCUGAAGAGAGAAAAACCCUUAUUGAAAUACAGGAGAUGUGCAGGUGGAAUAGCGGUCCGGUCGGCUGUUGGCGUGGCUCUGACUGACAUGACCAAUCUCUCCCCGGCAACACGUCGUGCCCUCCCCUUUGCUCAGGACCGUGCGGUCCCUGUCCACUCCCCUGCCAUCCGCAAGCGCAGAUGCACCGCUGCUGUUGACUACAGGCAGCCCACGAUCAACUCGAAGCUGAGACGUGGUGAUAAGUUCACAGACACAAAGUUUCUCCGCUCUCCCAUCUUCAAACCGAAACCUCGUCACUCACUGAAGAAGGUGUCCAGUCUGGGAAAAUAUGACGAGUCGUUUGUAGGAUGACAUUGACCACUUUUCUGUGCACAUGUUUGUUCCCUUUUUAUCUCUGUCCUUUCUAAGACAACCAUGCGUUCCUUUAACAUUCAUUUUACCUUGUAUCAUAACUUGAAGGUUAUCAUUAAAGUUUUAUUGAAACAUCAGA